AUGAAUGUCCGUCUCUCGUCUCCGGAGCGUCUCCUCUCCGUCCUGUCCACUCUUCUCUUCGCCUGCUGUGUCGGACUCAUCAUUGUGUCAUGGCUCAGCCUGCAGCCUGAAGGUGCCGUUGAGCCCAGCGUGCUGCGCGGCCGCAUGUUGAUCACACGUGGAGCCGUUUACUCCGAUGAGCUGAAGAACUCCAGCAGUCUGCAGUUCAAAUCCCUCGCCUUCGACGUCCAAAACCUGGUGUCGGAGGCGUUUGCUCUCAGCCAGCUCCGAUUGGACUUCCAGUCUUGCCGAGUUUUACAUUUCAGUCGGGGCAGCGUGGGCGUGACCUUCAACCUCUGGUUCAGUCAGGUGAUUGGCGUGCAGGAGGCGGAGACUCAUCUGGGGGCGGGGCUUCUGGAGGUCGGGAAUAAGGGAUUGCUGAUCAACAGAAACAGCAUCCACAUAACAGAGAUACCAGACAAGACAACAGCUUUUCCUACAACCAUCACUCCUACAACCAUCACACCUACAACCAUCACACCUACAACCAUCACUCCUACAACCAUCACACCUAACCCUAACCCAACAGACAACUGCUCCUACAACCAUCACUACUACAACCAGCACACCUACAACCAUCACUCCUACAACUAUCACACCUACAACCAUCACACCUACAACCAGCACACCUACAACCAUCACUCCUACAACUAUCACACCUACAACCAUCACACCUACAACCAUAGCUCCUACAACCAUCACACCUACAACCAUCACUCCUACAACUAUCAAACCUACAACCAUCACUCCCACAACCAUCCCUCCUACAACCAUCACACCUACAACCAUCACUCCUACAACCAGCACACCUACAACCAUCACACCUACAACCAUCACUCCUACAACCAGCACACCUACAACCAUCACUCCCACAACCAUCACUCCUACAACCAUCACUCCUACAACCAUCACUCCUACAACCAUCAAACCUACAACCAUUACUCCCACAACCAUCACUGCUACAACCAUCACUCCUACAACCAUCACAGCUACAACCAUCACUCCUACAACCAUCACACCUACAACCAUCACUCCUACAACCCUCACACCUACAACCCUCACACCUACAACCCUCACUCCUACAACCAUCACUCCUACAACCCUCACACCUACAACCCUCACACCUACAACCCUCACUCCUACAACCCUCAGUCCUACAACCCUCACACUUACAACCAUCACACCUACAACAAUCACACCUACAACCAUCACACCUACAACCAUCACACCUACAACCAUCAUCAGUCUUUGAGGAAAUGUCCUCCUCUUCAGACAUCAUGUGCCGAUGGAUAUCUGUGCAUCCGAAUGGAUCAGCUGUGUGACGGUGUCCCCGACUGUCCCGACGCCUCGGACGAAGGGGCCGCUCGCUGUGCGACGGCGUGUGACGGACAGUUCCAGCUGAGCGGUCCGAGCGGCGUCUUCAGUACAUCAGGCAUCUCGGAGACGUACAACAGCAGCAGCUUCUGUCGCUGGAUCCUCAGAUUGGCAGCUGAGCUCUCAGGCUCCGCCCCCCCUGGCACCGUGUGGCUGCUGACGGACCAAUCAACCGUGGAGUUCACCUCUGAUGAAGUUAUCAACCUGUCAGGCUUCAGCGCCACCUACAGCACCGCCAACCUGUCCCAACUCUCCAAUGAAGAGAAGCUGACCUGUACCUUUGAGCAGGGCAUGUGUUUCUGGAGGCAGUGUUACCAGGACGACGGAGGCUGGAGUCGAACCCGCGGCUCCACGUUUCCUCCGCUGAGCGGCCCGAGUGUCGACCACACGCUGAACGCCAGCGCCGGAUUUUACAUCGUCACCCCUCUGAGUCCCGGCCAAUGGCUGAAGAGCUUCAGGAUGUCCAGCCUCCCUCUGGCCCCGCCCACUCCACCUGCAUCCUGCCUCCGCUUCUGGUACCACAUGUUGGGCGAGGACGUUUACCAUCUCCGAGUGCUACUGUACGACCAGGCUGUUACCGUGGUGUUCCAGAGAGACGGUAACUAUGGGGACCGCUGGAACUACGGCCAGGUGGAGCUCAACCUGACAACAGAGAGCACGGUGGUGUUCGAGGCGCUGAAGAACGGAGGGAUGCUGAACGACAUCGCUCUGGAUGACAUCACGCUGACCUCUGAACCCUGUGGCCCCGCCCCCCCUGACCCAACCAAUGUCCCGCCUCCAACAACGCCCCCCCCGAUCCCAGCUGACUGCGGAGGACCGUUUGAUCUCUGGGAGCCAAACUCCACCUUCAUCUCCCCAAAUUACCCACAAUCCUACGGGAACGAAGCCGCAUGCCUGUGGAUGUUGCACGCCGGCGAGGGGCGGAGCCUGCAGCUCCACUUCCUGGACUUUGAUAUUGAAGCGACCUAUGACGUGGUGGAGGUCCGGGACGGGGCUGGGCCACACUCCACACUACUGGCUGUUCUCUCUGGCAGCGAUGGCCCCCCCCACGACUUGUUUUCAACAACCAAUCAGAUGACAGUGUGGCUGUUGACUGACAGCUCGGGGCACGGCCGAGGAUUCAGAGCCAACUUCACCUCGGGGGUCAACCUGGGGUCCCCGGCUGCGUGUGCUGCCGAUGAGUUCCAGUGUCAGACAGGAAGUUGUAUCCAUGGUAAUGGUCAGUGUGACGGCCAUGUUGACUGUCCUGACGCCUCUGAUGAAGCCGACUGUGUUGUGUUGCCCAGCAACAGUUCCAGUGCUCUACAGUAUAAACUAGUUUCCUCUCUGUUGACCGUGUGUUCUGACACCUGGACGUCUCACCUGUCUGACUUCACCUGUCAGUACCUGGGGUACAGGUCUGGGGAAACGACUCUGCUGCCGGCUCGGCCACAAGAUUCACCGUUUACAUCGUUCACCUUCACCAACGGAGUGCUGCAGACCAGCGUCAGACCAGAACAGACCCAGAACAGACCCAGACCCAGACACCCAGACACCCAGACAACCAGACAACCAGACAAUCAGACCAAGACCAGAACAGACCCAGACCCAGACCCAGAACCAGACAUCCAGACCCAGACACCCAGACGCAGACACCUAGACCCGGACCAAGACCCAGACCCAAACCCAGACAUCCAGAUCAGACCCAGACCAGACAAGGCCCAAACCCAGACACCCCGACCCAGACCAGACCCAGGCCACACCCAGAUACUCAGACCCAUCCUAUGA